AGAGGGCGAUGGUGGAUGUCAGAAAGUGUACUCCGGUCGGCGUGGGGAUCCAGUGUCUUGGGCGCAGAGGAUACUUGUCGGCGAGUCCAGCUAGCGAAAAGAUGACCCGGAAUUUAAACAGCUGGGUAACUACAGACGUGCCAGUUUCGAAUUGCUAUCCGUCAACCCGUCUUCUGUCGCGCAUACUACGACUCGACAUAGCGCAGACAUACCAAUCCUACAGCACCUCCCUGCUGCAGCCCAGACCCAACAUACCCAUCUCCUACAUUCCAGGGCCUAAAAGCGCUGCACGACACAUACUCAACAUACACCAUGUCCACCACCACCACCACCACCACCACCGCAACCAAACAGCCCCUAACCCGCCCCGCCAAACGUGCAGACAGCGCCGUCUCGCUGUCCUUCCCAUCAUCCACCUCCACCUCCAACCACACCACUCAAAACCUCUAUGACGCGGAGUGGACCGCGUACCUAGGCCUUGAGGAUGAGUGGGGAUAUGUGCUCAAAGACUCCCGGGAGGUGAAGAGCACGUGGAGAGAAGCAGAAGCGGAGAGAGGGCAGCAGUAUGAGGAGGAAUGGAGUGCGUAUUUGGGGCUGGACAUGAGUGGGGAGUGGUGA